AUGGCAGUUCAGCUCAAGCCCCCUGCGGUGGCCCGCACCGCCGACGACGACGGCUUCGUCUGCCUCGAGCUGGAAGAUGGCUCGACCUUUCAGGGCUACAGCUUCGGCGCCAACAAGAGCAUUGCUGGCGAGCUCGUCUUCCAGACCGGCAUGGUCGGCUAUCCAGAGUCCGUCACGGACCCUUCGUACCGCGGCCAGAUCCUCGUCAUCACCUUCCCCCUGGUCGGCAACUACGGUGUCCCGUCCAGGGAGACCAUGGACGAACUGCUCGGCGACCUGCCCGCGCAUUUUGAGUCCUCCCAGAUCCACAUUGCUGGUCUCGUCACCGCGUCCUACUGCGGCGAGGACUACUCACACUUCCUGGCCGAGUCCUCCCUGGGCCAAUGGCUCAAGGAGCAGGGUGUCCCCGCCAUGUACGGUGUCGACACCCGCGCCCUCACCAAGAAGCUCCGCCAAAAGGGCAGCAUGCUCGGCAAGAUGCGCCUCGAGAGCGCGCCCCAGCCCAACGGCGCCGCCACCGUCCAUGGCGGCAAGAGCCACACCUCGCUCGACGCAUUCGAGGCUGUCGACUGGGUCAACCCCAAUGAGCAGAACCUCGUCGCACAGGUCUCCAUCAAGGCGCCCAAACUGUACAAGCCACCCCCAUCCGUGGCCCGCAAGCACCCCUCCGGCCGUACCAUCCGUGUUCUGUGUGUUGAUGUCGGUAUGAAGUACAACCAGCUGAGGUGCUUCCUCAAGCGCGGUGUCGAGGUGCUGGUCUGCCCCUGGGACCACGACAUUGUGAAGCAGGCUGGUGACGAGUACGACGGUCUCUUCGUCUCCAACGGGCCCGGCGACCCGGCGGUGCUCGAGACUACUGUGAAAAACAUGGCCGCCGCCAUGGAGAAGAACAAGACCCCCGUCUUUGGUAUCUGCCUUGGUCACCAGCUGCUCGCGCGCGCGACCGGUGCCAAGACCAAGAAGAUGAAGUUUGGUAACCGCGGCCACAAUAUCCCCUGCACGAGCAUGGUGACUGGAAAAUGUCACAUCACGUCGCAGAACCACGGUUUCGAGGUUGACGGCACCAGCUUGCCCACCGGCUGGAAGGAGCUCUUUGUCAACGCCAACGACGGCAGCAACGAGGGUAUCAUGCACGUCGACAAGCCGUACUUCAGUGUCCAGUUCCACCCCGAGAGCACCCCCGGCCCCCGCGACACCGAAUACCUCUUCGACGUCUUCAUCAACACCAUUGUCAACUGUGCCAACGACCCCAAGCAUCUGUCCGCCCCUGUCAGCUUCCCCGGCGGCACGAUUGAGGAGAACGAGGCGGCGCACCCCAAGGUCCACGCCAAGAAGGUCCUUGUCCUGGGCAGCGGUGGUCUCAGCAUCGGUCAGGCCGGUGAAUUUGACUAUUCCGGCAGCCAGGCCAUCAAGGCGCUCAAGGAGGAGAACAUCUACACGGUCCUCAUCAACCCCAACAUCGCCACGAUCCAGACGUCCAAGGGCUUGGCCGACAAGGUCUACUUCUUGCCGGUGAACGCAGACUUUGUGCGCAAGGUCAUCCAGUACGAGCGCCCCGACGCCAUCUACGUGACCUUUGGUGGUCAGACGGCCCUCCAGGUCGGCAUCCAGCUCAAGGAUGAGUUCGAGUCGCUCGGCGUCAAGGUCCUGGGUACCCCCAUCGACACCAUCAUCACCACCGAGGAUCGUGAACUGUUUGCCCGCAGCAUGGACUCUAUCGGCGAGAAAUGCGCCAAGUCUGCCUCGGCCAACAACAUUGACGAGGCCAUGGAGUGCGUCAAGGACAUUGGCUUCCCCGUCAUCGUCCGCGCUGCGUAUGCCCUUGGUGGCCUGGGCAGUGGCUUCGCCAACGACGAGGACGAAUUGCGCGAACUCUGCAACAAGGCCUUCGCCGCCAGUCCUCAGGUGCUCAUCGAGCGCAGUAUGAAGGGCUGGAAGGAGAUUGAGUACGAGGUCGUCCGUGAUGCGCAGGACAACUGCAUCACUGUGUGCAACAUGGAGAACUUUGAUCCUCUUGGUAUUCACACGGGCGACUCCAUCGUUGUCGCUCCCUCGCAGACACUAUCUGACGAAGACUACAACAUGCUGCGCACGACAGCCGUCAACGUCAUCCGUCACUUGGGCGUUGUCGGUGAGUGCAACAUUCAAUACGCGCUGAACCCCUUCUCCCGGGAGUACUGCAUCAUCGAGGUCAAUGCUCGUCUGUCGCGCUCGUCCGCGCUCGCCUCCAAGGCCACGGGCUACCCUCUGGCGUUCAUUGCCGCCAAGCUCGGUCUCGGCAUUCCCCUCAAGGAGAUCAAGAACUCCGUCACCAAGGAGACGUGCGCUUGCUUCGAGCCGUCGCUCGACUACGUCGUCGUCAAGAUGCCUCGCUGGGACUUGAAGAAGUUCACUCGUGUCUCCACCCAGCUCGGCUCUUCCAUGAAGAGUGUUGGCGAGGUCAUGAGCAUUGGUCGAUCCUUUGAGGAAGCCAUCCAGAAGGCGAUUCGAUCCAUCGACUUCCACAACCUUGGUUUCAACGAGACCAAGGCCCUCAUGAAGAUCGAUGAUGAGCUGCAGACACCCUCUGACCAGCGUCUCUUCGCCAUUGCCAACGCCAUGCACGAGGGCUACACAGUCGACAAGAUCUGGGAGCUGACCAAGAUCGACAAGUGGUUCCUUCGCAAGCUCAAGGGCUUGAGUAACUUUGGCAAGGAGAUGGGCAACUACACAACCAGCGACAUUGUCCAGUCGCCUCACAUCCUCCUGCAGGCCAAGCGACUCGGUUUCUCGGACCGCCAGCUCGCCAAGUUCUGGAACUCAAACGAGAUUGCCGUCCGCCGACUCAGGCUCGAGGCUGGCAUCCACCCUUUUGUCAAGCAGAUUGACACUGUGGCCGCCGAGUUCCCCGCCUUCACCAACUACUUGUACCUGACGUACAACGCCUCAGAGAGCGAUGUCGACUUUGAGGACCACGGCGUCAUGGUCCUCGGCUCUGGUGUCUACCGUAUCGGCUCGUCCGUCGAGUUCGACUGGUGCUCUGUUCGUGCCAUCCGCACCCUCCGCGCCACGGGCUUCAAGACCGUCAUGGUCAACUACAACCCCGAGACCGUGUCCACCGACUACGACGAGGCCGACAAGCUCUACUUUGAGAACAUCAACCUCGAGACGGUCCUUGAUAUCUACCAGCUCGAGAACGCCAGCGGUGUCCUGGGUGCCAUGGGUGGCCAGACGCCCAACAACAUUGCCUUGCCGCUGCACCGCGCUGGCGUCAAGGUUCUCGGCACCUCCCCCGAGAUGAUUGACAAUGCCGAGAACCGUUACAAGUUCUCCCGCAUGUUGGAUCGCAUUGAUGUUGACCAGCCUACGUGGAAGGAGCUCACCAGUUUCGAGGAGGCCCAGGCGUUCUGCCAAAAGGUCACCUACCCCGUGCUGGUCCGCCCCUCGUACGUGCUCUCGGGUGCCGCCAUGAACACGGUCUACUCCGAGAAGGAUCUCAAGAGCUACCUCGAGCAGGCCGCCGAGGUCUCCCGCGAGCACCCCGUCGUCAUCACCAAGUACAUUGAGAACGCCAAGGAGAUUGAGAUGGAUGCCGUGGCAAAGGACGGCAAGAUGAUUGGUCACUUUAUCUCCGAGCACGUCGAGAAUGCCGGUGUCCACUCUGGUGAUGCGACUCUCAUUCUGCCUCCCCAGGAUCUCGAGCCUACCACCAUCCGACGCAUCGAGGAAGCGACCAGCAAGAUCGGUGCUGCUCUCAAUGUCACCGGCCCCUUCAACAUUCAGUUCAUCGCCAAGGACAAUGACAUCAAGGUCAUCGAGUGCAACGUCCGCGCUUCGCGCUCUUUCCCCUUUGUGUCCAAGGUCAUGGGUGUUGACCUGAUCGAGAUGGCUACCAAGGCCAUCAUGGACCAGCCCUUUGAGGCGUACCCGCCCACCGACUUGGCCCCCAACUGCGUCGGUGUCAAGGUGCCGCAGUUCUCCUUCUCGCGUCUGGCUGGUGCCGACCCCGUUCUCGGUGUCGAGAUGGCCUCCACUGGCGAGGUGGCUUGCUUCGGUGUGGACAAGAACGAGGCCUACCUCAAGGCCCUCCUCUCGACGGGCUUCAAGAUCCCCAAGGCCAACAUUCUGCUCUCCAUUGGUUCCUACAAGGACAAGAAGGAGAUGCUGCCUUCGGUGCAGAAGCUCCAGAAGAUUGGCUACAAGUUGUUUGCCACCUCGGGCACGGCUGAUUUCCUGCAGGAGUAUGGCAUCCCGGUCCAGUACCUCGAGGUCCUGGGCAGCGACGAGGACCGCAACUCCGAGUUCUCGCUGACGCAGCACUUGGCCAAGAACAGGAUUGAUCUGUACAUCAACCUGCCCUCCAACAACAAGUACCGCCGUCCGGCCAACUAUAUGAGCAAGGGGUACCAGACGCGUCGUAUGGCCGUCGACUACCAGAUCCCUCUGGUAACCAACGUGAAGAACGCCAAGAUCCUCGUUGAGGCCAUUGCCCGCCAGUUCGAGCUCGAGGUGUCGAAGCGCGACUACCAGACUAGCCACCGCACCGUGGUCCUCCCCGGCUUGAUCAACGUCGCGGCCUUCAUCCCCGGCAUUGUGACCCCGGGCAGCGAAGACGUGCAGACCGUCACCAAGAGCUCCAUUUCCUCGGGCUUCAGCAUGAUUAGGGUCAUGCCCAUGGGCGCCGACGGCUCGAUCACCGACGCCAUCUCGCUCAAGACGGCGCAACAGAACGCCCGGAAUGGUGGCUUCAGCGACUUCAACCUGUCCAUCUCAGCCACCUCGGACAAUGAGUCGCAGAUCAGCACCGUCUCGGGCGAGGUGGGCUCGCUGUUCAUCCCCUUCAACCACCUGUCGGGCAACAUCAGCAAGGUGGCUGCCGUCACCGCGCACUUUGACGCCUGGCCCGCGCACAAGCCCAUUGUGACGGACGCCAAGUUGACGGACCUUGCCUCGAUCCUGCUGCUGGCCAGCCUGCACAACCGUCGCAUCCAUGUCAGCUCGGUCACCAACAAGGACGACAUUCGCCUGAUCGCGCUCAGCAAGGAGAAGGGACUCAAGGUGACCUGCGACGUCUCCAUCUACUCGCUGUACCUGAACCGGGACGACUACCCCGACUUUGACCACCUGCCAACGGCCAAGGACCAGGCGGCCCUCUGGGCGCACAUGAGCAGCAUCGAUGUCUUCUCGAUCGGCAGCCUGCCCUACCAUCUGGCGACCUCGCGCGGCCACAAGGGCGACCCGUCCAUGGGCAUCACCGAGGCGCUUCCCCUGCUGCUCACCUCUGUGGCUCAGGGCAAACUCACCAUUGACGACAUCAAGCUGCGUCUGUACCAGAAGCCCGUGGAGAUCUUUGAGCUCCACGAGCAGGUCAACACAUCGAUUGAGGUCGAGGUGGACCGCCCUUAUACUUUCCAGUCUGCCACCUGGUCGCCCUUUAACGGUCGCCAGAUGUUUGGCUCCGUCAAGCGUGUCACCUUCCACGACCAGACUGUCUGCCUGGAUGGCGAGUCCCUGUCGAUGCAGCCCACCGGCAAGGACAUGUCGGCGCACCUGGCCCCUCCUACGUCGCCGUCCGUCAGGCCCACGACGUCCUCGAUCGCGCAGAUCACCGAGAGCCCCUCCCGACCUCGUCAGCACACCCUGCUCGAUGCUGCGACCAUGUCGCCCACCCGUCGUCCUGUGGAGGACUUUUCGCUGCCUGCCAGGCUGCAGCUGUCGCCCAGCUCCUCGCUCCAGCAGGCGUUGUCGCAGCCGUCUGCCUUCAAGCACUCCCACGUGCUGUCCGUGAAGCAGUACACCCGAGCCGACCUGCACCAGCUCUUCACCGUCGCCCAGGAGAUGCGUCUCGGUGUUCAGCGUGAGGGUGUCCUGGACGUCCUCCGCGGCCGCGUGCUGAGCACGCUCUUCUACGAGCCGUCGACACGCACCUCUGCCUCCUUCGACGCGGCCAUGCAGCGCCUGGGAGGACGUGUCAUUCCCGUGGCCACCUCCCACUCCUCCGUGCAAAAGGGCGAGUCUCUCAAGGACACACUCCGCACGCUGGGCUCGUACGCCGACGCCAUCGUUCUGCGACACCCUCUGGAGAACUCGGUCGAGGCCGCCGAGAAGUACAGCCACGUGCCCGUGAUCAACGGCGGCAACGGCAGCAAGGAGCACCCCACGCAGGCCUUCCUCGACCUGUACACGAUCCGCGAGGAGCUCGGCACGGUGCAGAACCUGAACAUCACCUUUGUCGGCGACCUCAAGUACGGGCGCCCGGUGCACUCGCUCAUUUACCUGCUCCGCCACUACGGCGCCAAGGUGCAGCUCGUCGCACCCCAGGGCCUCGAGCUGCCCGAGACCGUGCGGGCGCAGCUCGUGUCGUCCAACCAGCUCAUCAGCGAGUCGGAGACGCUGACGCCCGAGAUCCUGGCCCGGAGCGACGUCUUGUACUGCACCCGCGUGCAGCGCGAGCGGUUCGCCAGCGAGGAGGAGUACGAGCGCGUCAAGGGGUCCUACCGCGUGGACAAUGCCGCGCUCAAGCACGCCAAGAGCUCCAUGGUGGUGCUGCACCCGCUGCCGCGCAACGAGGAGGUGGCCGAGGAGGUGGACUUUGACCAGCGCGCGGCGUACUUUAGACAGAUGCGCUACGGUCUAUACUGCCGCAUGGCCUUGUUGGCUCUCGUCAUGGCGUAG